GCCACAGAUUUGCAGUCUGAGAAGUGUAUGCGCAGAUAAGUGGAGCCUUUGAUCAGCAUGAAGGAUUCAUCUCUUUACAGUCUAUGAUCUCGCAGCAGGUUCCUAUGGUUCCUAUGGCAACUGAUCAAACGUUUAUUGACUUGAGCUGUGCGCGCGUUCUGUGCUUGUGAACAGCAAAGCGCGCGGAUCAGCGUGAAUGCGCACUGAGCUGCGCGCCUGGUCUGGAGGAGGAAGUCUUCAUAACACCGUGGAUUCGGUAGAUUCACGCUUUGAUGGACCAUCAACAUCUAACGAACGUUUUCGCUGGAGGGUGCCAGAAAGAUUUUUGAGUGAGGCAGGUGUUUUUAAGCAGUCACAGGAAGCUGACCAUCACCAUCUCCCCAUGAUGCUUAUGAACAGCUUAUUGAACCGAUGGAAUGAGAUCUCUAAGAUGUGUGAGGUAGAUGAGACUCCAGAACCGGUCAGUCCCACGCUGCUCAGCGAGUCCACAGACACUUACUGCCAGUCCGACUGCUGGCACACACUACGAACCACCGUCCGAAAGCUGGAAUUCUGGGAGGACUUCAGCGCAGAGCUUAUCGGAAGCGGCUUCUUCUCUAAAGUCUACAAGGUGAUGCACAGCACUACAAAAAAAGUAAUGGUGGUGAAGAUCUAUAAGACCGACGUGGAUCAGAAUAGCAUUGUAAGGGAGAUCAGUCUACUUCAGAAACUCUCCCACCCAAACAUAGUGAGGUACCUGGGGAUCUGUGUCAAGGAGAACAAGCUGUACCCAAUUCUCGAGUAUAUUAGCGGAGGCUGUCUGGAGGAGCUUCUGGCCAGAGAUGAUGUCAGCCUCUGCUGGAGGGAGAAGAUCGAACUGGGCUGUGAUAUCAGUCGAGGAAUGACCUAUCUCCACUACAAGAACAUCUACCACAGAGACCUCAACUCUAAGAACUGUCUGAUCCGCGUGACCCCGCGUGGCAGGGAGGCCUUGGUCACUGACUUCGGGCUGGCCAGAGAGGUGGGGGAACUGACCGCAGACGAACCAGACAGGAAGCUGUCUCUGGUGGGCUCGGCCUUCUGGAUGGCCCCUGAAAUGCUUAGAGGAGAACCGUACGAUCGCAAGGUUGAUGUUUUUUCUUUCGGGAUCAUGUUGUGUGAGAUCUUAGCAAGAAUCCCUGCUGACCCAGAGGUGCUUCCCAGGACACAGGACUAUGGGCUAGAUGUGGAAUCGUUCAGAGAGCUGGUGCAUGGUUGCCCAGAGCGGGUUCUGCAGCUGUCGGCCAGCUGUUGCCAGAUGGAUGCAUUCCGAAGACCUUCCUUCUCUGAGCUUCUGGAUGAGCUGGAGGACAUCGCUGAGACCCUAGAGCCACCAGACAACAACCUAACCACAGGGUGAUCUUCACAAAUCCCUCCUAACAAACCCCUGGACUGAAGGAUUUAAGGCACUGCAUAAAAGUCAGCAGCAGUGGACCGUGACUGGCACUCUGUUCUCGCAAGAGUAGAACAUACAGGGGAAUGUCUGGUAAUUGAGGACAAAACCACUCAACUCAAUGUUCACUCAAUAACCAGUUCUGAACGCCCUGCCUGCAGCUGUGACACUGAACGAUUGCAAGAGGCUGGAAUUGACCUUUUCUGUUUGUUUGUUUUUUUCCAGAUAGAUGAAAGUAGAUGAUGGACCAACUUGACGACUUUUUUUUUUUUUUUUUAAAGACCAAAUUCAACAUUGACCAACCUGUUGAUUCCUUGAUUAAAGGUUUCAACUUGAGCUUAUUUUUUUAUAGCUGCAAAAACAGGAAAUUUGUUUAAAAUAAGUAUAUAGUAAAGGUUGCUCAAACCUGGAACAAACCAAACUAGAGAAAUUAAGGUGUGCUAGAUUUAAUUUCACCUCUUGCCUUUAUUGUGAAAAAAACCAUCAUCAGUACAUUUACUGAACCAAGAAAUUGCACAGCUGCUCAUUUGAGAUGCACUGUUGAUGUCACCCAUUUUUGCCUGGUUGUGCUUUCCAUGUCACUCAUUUUCCCAGUGUAAACAUCUUUAAGAUUAAUGGAGCUCUAAAAUGUCCAAUUAAAUUUCUUAAAAAUGAGCUCAUAGAACAAAUUCCACUGUUUACACAUGAAUACAGUGUAUUUCUGAAUAAAAAUUCAGUUAGUUUAAGGUGUAAGUGCUGAACGAUCACACUAAAAAUAACAGUGCAAAGCUGUUUUUUUAAAUGUAGUAAAGGCUGUGGAUGAUUAUUUUCUCAGGUCACACAGGGGAUUUAAAUAUGUGAAUAUUCUCAUAUUCGUCUUGUACUUUUUCCUUGUAGAUAUGUUUGUAUAGCCCCUUAACUAGUGUUUCUAAACGGGAAUCUAUUUUGUUUACUGAAUCUAAUUGAGCAGUUUGUAUUAUUCCUGACUAUAUUUGUGUACAUGUUGUUUGGUUACAUUCAAAUAUGGGUUCAGUUAUAUUUCUAGUUUAUUAGUUACACCAAUAAAAGCAUAUUGAUUAGUUUUUAA